AUGCCGGGGAAUAUGAGCAAAGAGGUCGCCCCGAGUCGGAGCGCUUCUUUGACCUUCACCAUCGACCACAUCCUCAACCUGAAGCAGCAGCACCGCGGAGACUUUGAGGGGUCCAAGGGGCAGAGGGACAGUGGAUGUGAGAGCGAUUUCCAAGCGCGGUACGAGGAGGCGUGGGACGCCCGCGGGAGACGUGACAGCGGGUCGGAGGACACAGCGAAGCCCAAGGUCCAUCGUGCAGACCGCGGGGAGAACACCCCGCCGCUGACCGCUGGCUCCUGUCCCGGGGCGCAAAGUGCGCACAGCGCCGAGGACGCGUCCGAGCAGCAGCAGCAGCAGCAGCAGCAGGCCAACACUCACGCCAAAGCCAUGGUGAAGAAGAAGACGCGCACCAUCUUCUCCAAGAGACAGAUAUUUCAGCUGGAGGCGACCUUUGACAUGAAGAGGUAUCUGAGCAGCUCGGAGAGAGCGUGCCUCGCCAGCUCCCUGCAGCUCACCGAGACCCAGGUGAAAAUCUGGUUCCAGAACCGCCGCAACAAGCUGAAGCGACAGCUGUCCACGGACAUGGAGGGGCCGCUGGCCGCCGAGCACUUCUCAGAGGCGGGGAAAAACGUUCAAUUACCGACUUUUUACAAAGACAGCAGCCUGCUGGGCGGAUGUUUGUUACCCAUGCCUUUCCCCGUCAUGUACCCGACUGCGCCUUACAUCUAUUUCUCCAACACUGGCAAAUAUUUCGGCCUGUUUGAUGCGGACUGA